UGGGCUGUUCAUACUUUACAUCCAAUCAAAUCGGGUUGACUCGUCUGAAAUUUGUGCUCAAAUUUGGUUAACAAAACUACCAUUAAGAGAAAAUUGAACGCGUUGUUUUCGAAUAUUCCGUCGUAUCAAAAAUGAGAGAAAUAGUUCACGUUCAAGUAGGCCAAUGUGGAAACCAAAUUGGAGCGAAGUUCUGGGAACUGAUUACGGAUGAGCACAAUAUCAACAAGGAUGGAGCGUACGCGCCUAGUGAAGGUGACACCGAGGCUGACAAACAACUCAAACUCGAGAGGAUAGAUGUGUACUUCCAGGAAGCUCAGGGAGAUCGGUAUGUUCCCCGUGCGCUCUUGGUCGAUUUAGAACCCGGAUGUCUUGAUCAGAUUCGGGCGGGUCCUAUUGGGGGCUUAUUCCGUCCAGACAACUACAUCCACGCGGCAAGCGGAGCCGGAAAUAACUGGGCGAAAGGUCACUACACAGAAGGCGCCGAGCACGUAGACCUAGUUUUAGAUUGUCUCCGAAAAGAGGCUGAAACCUGUGACUGCAUGCAGGGUUUCCAGCUAUGUCACUCCCUGGGGGGUGGCACUGGAUCUGGAAUGGGCACCUUGUUGGUGUCGAGGAUCCGAGAGGAAUACCCUGACAGGAUAUUCAGUACAUUCUCAGUUGUCCCCUCACCUAGUACUUCAGAUGCUGUUGUAGAACCCUACAAUGCCGUGUUCUCGUUGCACGUUUUGAUUGAUCAAACUGACCAGUCUUAUACCAUUGAUAACGAGGCACUGUAUUCAAUCUGGACUGGACCUCUGAAGAAGCCAAAUCCCACUUAUAGUGAUUUGAAUCACUUGGUGUCUAGAACUAUGAGUGGAGUAACUACUUGUCUUCGAUUCCCUGGACAACUGAAUGCGGAUCUCAGGAAACUGGCGACUAACAUGGUUCCGUUCCCUAGGUCGCAUUUCUUCAUGACUUCGGUCGCGCCUCUGACGAACAGAAGCAACCAAGCGUUCACUGCCCCGACUGUUAGUAACCUUCUGACUCAAAUGUUCGAUGCCAGAACCAUGAUGACAAAGACGGAUCCCAAGCAAGGCAAGUACUUGACUGUUGCGGCAAUGUUCAGGGGUAAGAUGUCAAUGAAAGAAGUCGACGAACAAUAA